AAACAGAUUGGUUUAGAAAUGCUCAUAUUAGACUUGACUUUGAAUUAAUCACUGUUUCCAUAACCUCUGGUGCUAAUGAAACUAUUAUAAGCCUUUCUACAUUUAGGAGUAGGAAAACAACAGAAUCAUCGCCUAAUGAUUCUUCUAUUGAUGAACAACAGCUUCACUCAAUCAUUGAGAGGUACCAUAUUAGAAGAGAUCAACAAUUAAUCAACCUUAUCUUACCAGACUUAGCCGCUUCAUUUUUUCCUCAUAAAAAUUUUCGUUAUAUUCAAAUAUCAAUCCUUAAUAAUUUUCCUAUUAAGUUUACUUUAAAAAAUUUGAUUGUUCCAUUAAAUUAUUCAAAUUGCUCUAAAGAUGGGAGAAAUGGAAAAACGGUAGAAAGUGGACGUGCUAAUUUUGAAACAAAAUAUGCGGAGCAAAAAGAACUAGAAAUGAAAAAGCAGGCGGAUACAUCAGGUCAUAAAAUUAUGUACCUAGUAUUAUUGGCGCGCCUCUUGAGCAGAUGUUAG